AUGUUGCUCAGUAUCCAGGUACUUCUAUCUACGGCUGCUCUUAUAGCCUCAGGAAGAUGCAGCUCCCAUACUAUACCGGUCCCAUCGUUCCCAAAGAACAGUAGUCCAGUCCCCAGGGAUCUGCAAUCAAUUUCCAUUGAAUUUGCAUACUUUCCUGACUAUGCUGGCAACAAGUCACACCCAAAUAAGUUUUCGAAGAACUUACUUCAAAAUUUCAAAUCUAUCACUGGCGUUGCUCCGAAAGUUAGAGUUGGAGGAACCUCGCAGGACCAUGCUAUAUACUUCCCUGACCAGGAAGAGAAUGUCAAACUAUUCUAUCGAAAUCCCACUGAUGAUCAGCCGAUCCAAAUCAAUUACGGUCCGACCUAUUUUGAAUCAUAUCACACCCUGGGAAAAAUCAAAUACGUGCAUGGGUUGAACAUGAAUCAAAAUUACUCGACUGAGCAGCUUGAACUUGCUGCCACGGAAGCUUGUACUUCCAUCGGUCCCCAGCUGCAUCUGUUCGAGCUGGGUAACGAGUUCAAUUUCGCUCCCGGAAAGUACCGCGCUGCAAACUAUUCACUCCUUGAUUAUGCCGAAGAGUGGAAUACCAAAUCAGCUAUUAUCAAGUCUGCUGUACAGAAAGCUUGUCCUGGAUCUUUCCCGGGGUUUAUGGCGCCUAGCUUUGUUUUGCUGGAUUUCAUUGUUAAAACUUCCUGGACUGCCGAGGAACUCUACAAUCUUGGAUACGACAAAGAUAAUCUCACUAAAGAGAUGUGCUUCCACAACUAUAUGGGUGUCAACUCACCCCCUCUGCCCCCUGCGCAGCUUGAUCUCCAGCGGACCUUGAUGAACCACACAAAAAUUGUGCAAAACCUUGCAGCGCAGAUUAAGCGCUCUGAGAACCUUGCAUACCUUGGUCUCCCUUAUACCCUUGGUGAGCUAAAUUCGAUCGCAAAUCAGGGCGUAAAUGGAGAAACCAAUGUGUUUAGUGACGCUCUGUGGCUGGUCGACUUCUCUCUCUGGGCAGCAGUACAUGGUAUCAAGCGUCUGCACUUCCACCAAGGUCUUAAUUACCGUUACGCCUCGUGGCAGCCAAUCGAGAGCAAGGGAAUUUCUCCUACCACCAGACCCCCGUACUACGGUCAAAUCAUGGUUGCCAGUGCCAUCGGAAAAUCCAAGGAUACACGCAUUGUCAGCAUUCCUCUGUCAGAGGAUACCGAGUCCGCAUAUGCCAUCUACAACGGAAAUCGACUGUCAGAACUGGUUAUAACGAAUAUGCGGGCUUUCAACCAGACUACGUCAGGUCAUCGUCCUCACAGGGAAUAUCAAUUCCGCGUGCCUUCACAGCAUAAAAGCGCUAGAAUCGAUCGUCUAAUUGGCCCAGGAAGUGACGCGCUUGAUAAUAUUACUUUUGGUGGGAUUUCAUAUGAUCAUGCAUUGGAAGAGGGGAAACCUGUCCAAAGGCAUUCGAACGAAGAGACAAGGAUUAAGAAUGGGCUGCUUACUAUCGAGGUUCCGGACUCUUCCGCCGUUCUUAUCACUAUGUGA